AUGCUGAAUGAGGCCAGGAAGGCGAAUCAUGCUGAAUUAGUUGAGGAGGAUAGAAGGUCGAAGCUUCCUGCUAAUUGGGAAGCCCGUCAGAGGCGCUUGAAAUGGGAAGAAGAAGAGGAGGCAUUCAGAGAAGAGUGUGCCGCUAAAGGAAUCGAAACGGAAAGAGCCCGGGCUUUGAAUAUAAGUGCCGAUGUUGCGGAUAGACUUGAUCUAAAAAGAUCAAAACGACAGGCCAAUCAAGAUCAGGGUUUUUCCUCCUAUUCCGAUGCGUCUCAUCGGAAAUAUUUGAAACAGAUCCGACAACUUAAUAUUGAUAGGGUGGCAUAUCAGAAGCAGAAAGAACGUCUAAAUUGUUGA